AUGGCAACGCAACAGCCCGCUCCCGACGCGGAGCGAGAAUACAAGCUGAUAUCCCAGCUGGAGAUGCGCAUCGCCUCCGCCUCAACAGACGAGAAACUAGAGUCUAUUCUUCAAAAGUUCCUUCCAGCUCUGCUCCUAAAGCUGGCUUCCCCAACUCCUCAGAACCGCAACCUCGCGAUCAAGAUAUCCCAGUAUAUCAACCAACGGCUGAAGAUCACCUCGUCCAUCAAGCUCCCCGUGGCCGCGCUGGUCAAGACGUUUCGCGAGAACGACAACGCCUUUGUGAAGCGAUUCUGUCUGGUGUUUAUUGAGCAAGGGCUUCCGAGGCUGGAACUGGCCCAGGGAAUCGAGACUCUGCCUGGGGUAUUGCAGUUCGCCAUCCCGAAAACUGAAGGGUUUGAUGCCACGGAUCGGAAAAUGUGGGCUAUCGCCUUCGACUUUCUCCUGGAAGUAUUGAGGAAAUGGAAGAUUCCGGAGCGAGGCAGCAAGGAAGACUUGGCUCUCUCAGAGACGUUCUCUCUGUCACCCACGCAGACAGAUCUGCUCGUCAGCCGCUUGUGCGAUUUUUUGCUCUACGAUCCAAGGGACUCCUCCGCCCACGCCCUGGACGAGGACUUCCAGCCCGUCAUGGACAAGAACUUCAAACGCCGCUCAGAGGUUGUCCUCCCGCUUGCCAAAUUUUUGUUCUCCUCCAUCUUCAGCGAUCGGCAACGUCUCAUUCCCGCCACUAUCAUGUCUGUUGACCCAAACGCCUCAGCUGCAAAUAUGAGCGAUGUUAUGUUCAAGCAAUGCAAUUUCGACUUAGAGUCUGAGUCUACGAUCGACCUACUUUUUGGCCUCUAUCAGCGGUCCAAGCCCAAACUGCAAACACGAAUCUUGGGCCUAUUAUCCCGCAGCCAGAACUCUACCAAGCGCACCACCGAGAUCAUGGACAUUGUGGAGAAACAACUCACGCAGACAUCCAACGCGGGUCUCGAGGCAGCAAAGCUCCGGGCAGCUCUAUUCUCCUACCUAACCUGGACGGUGCGUGUUGGCGCCCAACAUCUUGCCGGAGAAAUCAGUCACCGCAUUCAGGACCUGCUGAAAGAGUAUAUUGAGAUGCAGGGCUGGCCGACCAUGAGCGCUGACCACUCCUCCAACGCAUCCGAGGUGGAGCUUCGCUCGAAAGCGUACGAGAGCAUCGGCCUCCUGGGAGGUCUCAAAAGCGAAUCCAUUGACAGCAAUCGCAUGGUGGUUCUCAUUACGUGGCUCUUCACAAGCCUCCGAUGUGACACCACGCGCGAGAUUAGAAGCAGCAUCGAGGAAUCAAUCGGCCGCAUCAUGAAUGCUCUACCACCCCUUGGCAACACCUCGACCGCAAAUCGCCUCAAAGACCUCUUCCUGUGGAACGUCUUGGCAGCUCCGGGCCAGGAAGAUCCCAUUUACUUCCUACCUACGGUCAACAGCACGACAUAUCCGGCCGUACGGUUUGCAAAUAAGUGCCUACCGUUCGAUGACGUGGAUGCUCGCUUUAUCGAUGUCCUGGCGUUGGAUUCGGCAAGUGGCAGGAGAGAGGUAGCCGAGGAAGGAGCUAGGGGCCUGGAUCCGUAUUGGCAUGCUUCAAAUCUGCGCCUCACCACAGCUUCUGAGGAUCGAAAGCUGCAGCUCCCCAAGCUCGAUGCCUUGGUGGAGAGGUUCUUCGGGUCGGGCACGGCGCAGAAGAAAUACUAUGACAAUCCAACAGUGCUUGCCGCUGCCGUGACAUUUUGUCGGAAUGUCAUACAUUGUGGUGCUCUACGGGAAACGGAACUGGCACCGGAAGAGUCGGCGGAUUGGAAGCAAGCUAUCGACGCCGUGGUCAGUAAUGACCAAGACGCUCGACGGCGAAUCCGGUCUUAUUUACGAAACCUGGGUGGCGACGUGCUAUUACCGUUGAUGCGCGCAGCAUUAGAUGGUGCAUCUAGAGGGGACGGGGAGUGCUUGGAUUCGUCCCUUGAGCUUCUCUCUCUUGCCCCGACUGGAUUGUUGCCCUGUAUCAAGGAAUUAGGGCUUGAGGCUGCCGCUCGUGUUGCAGGAAAUCCAGGCUUGCAGCUUCGAGGCGCUCGGGUCUUUGGAAUUCUCGCUUCUCUGGACGAGGACGCCAAAGACCUCGCCGAAGCUGAAUUGAAUGAGGCCAAACGUUGGAGAACGGCCAUUGGGGAAGAAUUGGUAAAGAUUCAAGGCCAUCUCCUCCGCGCAUGCUUCUGCGUCACCAGAAGAUCACUCAGGCUGAAAUUGCAAACAUCUGAUGACACGCUACGCGACGCGGUGCGUACGGUUGUUGAGAUUGUCAACAAUUCGUCCGACAGGUCGGUCAAAGACACCGCGUACAGAUCUCUCCGUCAACUGUUUCUUUGCGCCCCAACAGAGGAAGGAUCAAACGACGAAGAAAUGCUGAAUCAGUUGAUCGCAGACAGCAAGAAGGAGAGUGAAACAGCAGUCUCUGCCGCAGGGCCUGUGCUAGGUGUCUUGCAUGCGCGUGGUACAAGUCCUUCGCGCUUCGAAUCGUUCCUGGAUCGAUUACUAGGCCUUCACGAAGUCAAACGAGCCGAGUUUCAUUUCACCUUGGGAGAAUCUCUUGCCGUUGCUUGCGCCGGGUUCAGAUCGCUGUCCACGCUGACAGAACUUGAUGUUGAUGUCGAUGUUUCGGGAUUCAACGUCAACGGACAGCUUCUCAUCACAGUCAUUGACAAAGUCCUCGAGGAUUGUACUACCACGAAGCCGACGCUGAAGAAGGCCGCCGCAAUCUGGCUUCUGUGCCUCGUCCAAUACUGUGGCGAAUUACCUGCUGUCAAAGCGCGACUGCGAGAGUGUCAAGCUGCUUUUGCCAGGUUGCUGAACGACCGCGAUGAGAUCGUUCAGGAGACAGGCUCCAGGGGUCUCAGCCUUGUCUAUGAGCGGGGUGACAAGCAACUCCGGGACGACUUGGUCAGGGACCUGGUCCAAAGCUUCACCGGCAGCAAUGCAAAAAUGUCCGGAACCGUGAACGAAGAGACGCAGCUGUUCGAGCCCGGUGCGUUGCCUACCGAAAAUGGACAGUCCGUCACGACCUACAAAGAUAUUGUCCGCCUCGCCACGGAAAUGGGAGACCCUAGCCUGGUGUAUCGUUUCAUGAAUUUGGCAUCGAAUAAUGCCAUCUGGUCUAGUCGUGCGGCGUUUGGAAGAUUUGGGCUCGGCCGUGUGCUGGCAGAUUCCACAUACUUGACGGAAAACAAGAAGUUUUAUCCUAAGCUUUUCCGCUACCGAUUCGACCCGAACCCCAAUGUCCAACGGUCCAUGAAUGAGAUCUGGCGGGCGCUUGUCAAAGACCCGAAUACUGUCAUCAACGAGAAUUUCGAUCUGAUCAUGGGCGAUCUGCUGCAGAGCGUUGUGUCGGGCAAGGAGUGGCGGGCCCGCGAGGCUAGCUGCGCAGCAAUCUCUGAUCUCGUCCAGGGCCGAGACGUCGAUUUGUUUGAAAAGUACCUUGACGAGAUUUGGAAGGUCGCUUUCAAAGUCCUGGACGAUGUCAAGGAGACGGUGCGAUUGGCGGCCAUGAAGCUGUGCAGGACGCUCACGAGUAUGCUGAUACGCAAUUUGGAGAUUGGCGAGGGCAAUUCGAAGCGCUCUGCAACCAUGCUCAACCACGCCAUGCCCUUCUUGCUGCAACAGAUGGAUAGCGGUGCGGCUAAGGAGGUACAACAGUAUGCUAUUGUAACGCUUCUGGAAGUGGUGAAGAAAUGUCCUCCGAAAUCUCUGCGCCCCUUUGGACCUACAGUUUUAGAGACGCUGGUGCUCUCCCUGAGCUCUCUUGAACACGAGAGUAUUAAUUAUCUGCACUUGAAUGCCGACAAGUAUGGGUUAACCGCCGAAAAACUGGACAAAAUGAGAGUAUCGAGCAUCAACGCGUCUCCAGUGACAGAGGCAAUCGAGGACUGUUUGGAAAGCGUUACCAUGACAGUUGAAUCCAAUGACGACCCCAACGCCAUGCAAGGGGUCGUAGCUGGCUCGCACAGUGAAGGGGGUCUUGCAGCGAUGGACGACGCGAUGCAACGGCUUGCAAAUGCUUACCGAGCCGCGAUCGGACUGCCGUCCAAAGUCGGCCUGAGCAGAGUUAUGACAACGCUGGUUGUUCGCCAUCCCACCGCUUUCCGACCGUACGCGGACAAGUUCAUACAAUUGACGCGCAAACACAUCCUCGACCGCAACGCCACCAUUAGCGUAGCCUUUAGCACUUCACUGGGCUAUCUGAUGAGACUGGCGUCGGACAAGGAGAUCCAGGCAACAAGCAAGUAUGCGCAAAAGUUGUACUUCGAGUCGCAGGAACUGAGCCAUCGUUCUGUGGCUGGCGAAAUCAUCCAGGCGAUUUCCAAGGCUGCGAACGACGUCUUCAUGAACUCUGCCCCAACCUUUCUCCCCUUUGCUUUCAUCGGCAGACGGGACAAUGACGAGGAGGUCAGGGAGCGGUUCGAUGUUCCUUGGAAGGAGAAUAUCGGUGGCUCGCGGUCCAUCAAUCUCUAUCUGACCGAGAUUGUGGGACUCAUCUCGGCACAUAUUGGAUCCCCUAUGUGGCCGAUCAAGCAAGCUUGCUCUUUGGCCGUCGCCGAAUUGGUGGGGUCGAUGGAAGUACAAGGAAAAUAUUCUGACACCGAGGCAUCUCUCAUUUGGGGAGUGAUGCAAGCAGCUCUCGAGGGCAAGACCUGGGACGGCAAGGAAGAAAUUGUCAAGGUGUAUCCCAAGUUUGUGCGGGAGGCCCAAACACUGUGGUCGAACGGCCAGAUCAGCCAGCAGAUGAAGAAGAUUGCAAUCCGAGAAGCGAAGCGGACCAACGUUGCUUACCGACCUCACGCCAUUGAGGCUCUUGGAGAGUUUGCGGUCGCUCGAAAAGAUCUAGACCUCAGCCACGAGCUCCUGCCUUAUUUGGCGGAGUUAGUGGACGAAUUGACAGACCCGGAUGUCAUGGAAGUGGAUGAGGCUGACGAGAAGCCCCUGAAGAAUCGCGAACAGACCGUUACUGAAACGGCGGUUAGCGCGGUUGUUUCUUGCAUGUUCAAGAUGCUGUCCACUCAUGCACACCCUGAGAGUCUGGACUCGGCCAUGAAGAUGGUGCAAAAAGCACAGGCCAUUCGAUCCAGUACACUCGACAUUGCACUAUACGACAGUGCAAAAUUUUUGGUGGUCAAUGGGCCAAAAUCAGAGGUGGUGGGUGGUGAUGGUGGUACCGCUGAAGUCCUUGACGAGAAAAAUACCUCAGCCUCAAGUUUGGCACCAGCCUCAGCACCACGGCCGUCGGCGCGGGAGGGUUCGGAGUUGGACGGGCGAAGGGCUUCUGAGCCAUUUCAGCCACUGGUCAUGGCGGUGCUCGCCUGUCCGCCAGAGCCUUGGCGAGAAAUGGAACGGGCGCGCAAAUCACGUGUGGAGCUGGCCUUGGCCGUGGCCCAACGAGGCAUGCAUGACCCGGCCGCAUUAGCGGCGAUCCUCGACCCCUGGCUGGUCGAAGAGCGGUCGAGACCUUUACGUGAAGAAAUCGCACGAGCUCGAGAGGCUUGCAACGGAGACCAGUAG